AUGAAUACGACUGAUCUGGCAUUGACAGGCAAGACCAAGGACCAAGGGGGAGAAGCAAGAUCCACCUGUGUUGCUGGUAAUGGCCUCGUCUUCUACUAUUGCAUCCUGUUGUGCCUGGGACUGCCAGUUAACAUUUUAACCGCCACUGCACUAUCCCGCCUGGCUAUUCGCACCCAGAAAUCCUCCUACUGGUACCUUCUGGCUCUCACAGCUUCCGACAUACUAACUCAGGUCUUCAUUGUCUUUGCGGGCUUUAUAGUGCAGGCUGCCAUCUUAGCUCGUGAUGUUCCAGGAGCCUUUGACCACACCAUCAAUGUGCUGCAGUUCACAGCCAAUCAUGCCUCUAUCUGGGUGACUGUACUGCUGACCAUAGAUCGUUAUGUGGCACUCUGCCACCCACUACAGUACAGAGCUGUCUCCUACCCUGAGCGCACCCAGAAGGUAAUAGGUGCCGUGUUUGCUAUAUCAUUGGCCACAGGAAUCCCCUUCUACUGGUGGCUUGAUGUUUGGCAUGAUGCACCCACUUCCAUGGACAAAAUCCUCAAGUGGCUUCACUGCUUCAUCGUCUACUUCAUUCCUUGUGGCAUUUUCCUGGUGACAAAUUCUGUGAUCAUCUAUAAGCUCAAACACUCAGGUAGACCCACUCGACGCCUCAGCAAAACCACAGCAAUUCUGUUGGCCAUUACAACUGUCUUCAUUGUCCUCUGGGCUCCACGGACAAUUGUCAUGAUCUACCACCUCUACGUGACUUCAGUCAAUCAGGACUGGCGAGUACACUUAGCCAUUGAUAUAGCCAACAUGAUAGCCAUGCUCAACACCUCCCUCAACUUCUUCCUCUAUUGCUUUGUCAGCAAGACCUUCCGGCACACUGUAUGGGAGGUGUUGGUCUCCUACAGGCUCCCAUGUACCCAAUCACUGAGGAAGAAUGAUCCCUCUGAUCCAGCCAUGAAACCAUUGGGAAUCUUGCAUCAUACUUCAAUCUAG